CUCGAUUGACUCGCGAUUUGCUCUGGUUCGACUUCGCGUUUUGUGUUUUUGUUUUAUAUUUCUGCAUCAGAAGGUGACUAGGGUGAUUAAAUUGAGUGGUACUUUUCCUACGUUUAAGAAGAAAAAAAAUACUCCUACCACCCGCCUGCGCGCUCAGCGGACAGAACAGAAGAAACACUAAAAACAGGUUCACGUCCAUUCAUAAGCUAGUAGUCUAGAGUGAAAAAUACAGAGAAUCACGUGAUUCGCUUUUGCUCUCAGCGGAAAAUACGCGCGUCGCGCCAGCCAAACGCACGCACACACACAUCUACCAUCACCGUUAUAUUUGCUCCGUUUCGUCCAGAGAGAGAGAAACAGCCAAACGUACCAAUCAUGUCUCUCAGUCAAGUACUAAACGUCAGCGCGAAAAGUGCUCUAGCUGGAAACUGUCUGGCGACGACGGCAUUCGCCAUUAGAACCAGAAGUGUAGGUCAGUUAGCAGCAGCAGCAUCGACAGUGUUGUUGUCGCGAACCACGGAACAGCCGAACAGUAUUAUCAUCAACAGUUCGACGCCGACGACGACGAUCAACCCGCGGGCAGCCAACGGCAGAAACAUGACGACAACGGCUUGCGUCCACAAACCGUGCGUUACGCUGGAUAACAUCAAUCCGGCGAUCAAGCUUAUGGAAUAUGCGGUCCGUGGACCGCUGGUCAUCCGUGCCGCUGCCAUCGAGAAGGAGCUGGAACAGGGUGUUAAAAAACCGUUCAAGGAAGUUAUUCGGGCCAACAUCGGAGAUUGUCACGCCAUGGGACAGCAACCGAUCACGUUCAUUCGUCAGGUCCUCGGCUUGGUUUCCUAUCCGCCGCUGUUCAACGACAAAACGAUCCCGGACGAUGCGAAGCAGCGGGCCCGUGCCAUCCUGGACGGCUGCAAGGGCGGUUCGGUGGGCUCGUACACGGACUCGACCGGUAUCGAGAUCAUCCGGCGGCACGUGGCACAGUACAUCCAGGACCGCGACGGGGGCAUUCCGGCCGAUUUCAACAACAUCAUCCUGUCGGCCGGUGCGUCCGGUGGCAUCAAGGUGCUGAUGUCGCUGCUGCGUUGCCCGAUCGAUGGGAAAAUUCCCGGUGUGAUGAUUCCGAUUCCGCAGUAUCCGCUCUAUUCGGCGACGAUCGCCGAAUUCGAAAUGGAACAGAUUGGGUACUAUCUGGAUGAAGACAACAAGUGGGCGUUGAGUAUUGCGGAGCUGAAACGUGCCCUACAGGAGGCAAAGAAGACCUGUGCGCCGCGGGUGCUGUGCGUUAUCAAUCCGGGCAAUCCGACGGGACAGGUACUGUCGCGGGAGAACAUCGAAGAGAUUAUCAAAUUUGCACACAGCGAAAAGCUGGUACUUUUCGCCGAUGAGGUCUACCAGGAUAACAUCUACGAGAAGGGUUCAAAAUUCCACUCGUUCAAGAAGGUUCUGAUGGAAAUGGGCGCCCCGUACAACCAGAUGGAGUUGUGCAGUUUUAUGUCCUGCUCGAAGUGCUACAUGGGCGAGUGUGGUAUUCGCGGUGGAUAUGCUGAGGUUGUUAACAUGUGCCCGGAUGUGAAGGCCAUGCUGUUGAAGUGCCUCUCGGCACAGUUGUGUCCAACCACGAUUGGACAGGCUUGUAUGGAUGUUGUGGUAAAUCCACCGAAAAAGGGUGAGCCAUCCUACGAGCUGUUCAUGAAGGAGAAGCUGGGUGUGUUGGAAUCGCUGAAGGAACGUGCCAAGAUGGUGGCUGAUACGUUCAAUUCGAUCGAAGGUUUCUCCUGCAAUCCGGUGCAGGGAGCGAUGUACGCUUUCCCCCAGAUCCGGUUACCCGCGAAGGCGAUCGAAGCCGCCAAGAAGGCCGGCCAGGCACCGGACGUCUUCUAUGCAUUCCAGCUGUUAGAGAAUACCGGCAUUUGCAUCGUACCCGGUUCCGGAUUUGGGCAGCGCCCCGGCACAUAUCAUUUCCGAACCACAAUUUUGCCACAGCCGGCCAAACUGAAGGAGAUGCUUGGCAUCUUCAAGUCGUACCACGAAAAGUUCUUGCAACAGUACAAGUAAAAGGAGAUGUAAUUCAAUACAGUGCACAUUACUAGUUUUAAACCGUUGCGGUUAACGAAGAAAACUCAAAACUCAACACAGCAAUUUGAUCGCGCGCGGAAUGGUCUGACCUUCCCACAGCACAGGGAGGAAUCCGAAAAGUGACCAACUAUAAAAUUACACCCCGAACAAAAAAAAAGAAUAUUUCUCACAUUAUCAGAGCUGCCAUCAUUACGGAUCACACGCCCCCUAGUUAGCUUAGCCGGGUUUUGUUCCUUAGAAAAAUUUAAACAAAAAACUGCUACGGAAAUAAAGCAUGCUUGUUUGACUGGAUGAAAGAAAAAAAAAAACCAAAAAUUGGCAACUACCUAAUUGGCAAUGUCGAAAUGAAAAAAGACAAUAAUUUUAGUCACAUGCUAGAAGAGAACAAAAAUUGCAAAAUUAGAAAAUUAGCUUUGUUCCUUGCAGUUAAUCGAUAUUGUUGUACGUUCUAUCCUCAAUGUGUAUUUUAAUGUGUUUAGAGAGCAUCCAGUGCGAAAUUAUACAAAAAAAAAAACAAAACCAUUCGUGUGUACAUACACAUCUAGAUUUAUUAAGAAGUACCUAUUAUACAAGUCACCGGAGCUUUCUUUCAAACAGCGGAAAAAUAAAGAUCCACCAAAAA